CAGUGAGGGAGGGAGUAAGGCCUCGCGGGGCCUCGGCUUGUUUGAGUUGAAGCGGAGGCCUGAAGCCGAGGGGGCCGCCGUGCUCGAAGGGCGGGGGCGCCGGCCAAAGUAUUAGGAGCUACGGCCUCCUUUCCCACCCAGAGUUGGGCCCUGACCGGCCUUGGCGCGUCUGGGGCCUUCGGGCCGUGGCGGCGAACGUGGCUGCUCUGGACAACCCGUCGGGUGGGGUCGGGACGCGGGAGGCCGCUUUGGGACGCCCGCAGCCGUUCCGAGUAGGGCUGUUUGGGGAUGUGCGGCGCCGGCACCUCUGGGCUCCGCUGAGUUCGUGUUUUUAGUUUCCCUGGAAGCCGAUGUUUGAAUUUGAGGUCUGAAAUAAUCGGCCAAGGUGUGGCGGGUUUGGGGUUGUUGGGUGAUUUGAGAGGAGAGCAACCUGUCUGCUUUAACACCUUUAGAGCCUUUCCAGAUUCCAGGCCGUCCUUGGGGAGGAAUUUUAAGAAAGAGAAAGGUUCUGAAAUAUCUUUUAUAAAUCAUUUAUAAAGGGUUAAUUUGUAUCUUAUUUUCAGGAGAAUGAGUUAGCCCGGUUGGGUGAAAGGCACUUUCCUUAAAAUGCUUAAAAGAAAGAAUAUUUGUGCUGUUUCUUUUUACUGAAGAAAUGCAUCGGCACUAUUUAAGUAGGUGGAAGAAUUUUGCUCUGGAGAAGAGCCUUUAAAUAAACUCGUAUUACUGGAAUAGCUCAAGAAGAGAGUUAUUAAUGUAGUUAGUCCAAAGCCAUUUGUAAUGGGCUUUGGAAGUUUUCUUUGGUGCUUAAAAAAAAUUUUUUUUUUGGUAGUAUUUUCCAACAGGUUAGUAUUUUUUGUUGUUUGUUUUGGGGUUUUUUUUGGAAGAUACAAUAACCCUGUUAACUGAGCUGAACACAGUACUUGCCAUGUAAGAAAAGAAAAUUAGAAUUUUCUGUUUCACCUUUGUCUUAUUUUUUGCAGUUUUUCUUACUGUAUGAAAUUUAUCUGACAUGUUUAUAAUCUUCAGAAUCCAUUGCCUUCAAGUUUGUGGUUUGGCUCACAACUUUGAACUAAAAGUAAAGAUGUCAGAGGAUCUAGCAAAGCAGCUGGCAAGCUAUAAAGCUCAACUCCAGCAAGUCGAAGCUGCAUUAUCUGGAAAUGGAGAAAAUGAAGAUUUGCUAAAAUUGAAAAAAGAUUUACAGGAAGUUAUAGAACUAACCAAAGACCUUCUUUCAACUCAACCUUCGGAAACUCUUGCAAGUUCAGACAGUUUUGCUUCUACACAGCCUACUCAUUCAUGGAAAGUAGGAGACAAGUGUAUGGCAAUCUGGAGUGAAGAUGGACAGUGUUAUGAAGCAGAGAUUGAGGAGAUAGAUGAAGAAAAUGGCACCGCUGCAAUCACCUUUGCUGGCUAUGGUAAUGCUGAAGUGACUCCACUGUUGAACCUCAAGCCUGUAGAAGAAGGAAGGAAGGCAAAGGAGGACAGUGGCAACAAACCCAUGUCGAAAAAAGAAAUGCUUGCCCAGCAGCGUGAAUAUAAAAAGAAGAAAGCUUUGAAAAAAGCACAGAGAAUAAAAGAACUUGAGCAGGAAAGAGAGGACCAGAAGGUGAAAUGGCAACAAUUCAACAAUAGAGCCUAUUCUAAAAACAAAAAAGGCCAGGUAAAGAGGAGUAUUUUUGCUUCACCUGAGAGUGUAACUGGCAAAGUUGGAGUAGGAACUUGUGGAAUUGCUGAUAAACCUAUGACACAGUAUCAGGAUACCUCUAAAUACAACGUUAGGCAUUUGAUGCCUCAAUAAUCAGAAAAAACUGUUGGAUUUCAUCUCUGCAGGGCUUUACAUUUACCUUUUUAUCCUUAUAUUUUUCUAAAGGUAAAUUAUUUGUUAGAUGAGUAAGGAAGAAUACCGUUGUCGUCAUUGACUUCAAUAGAAUGAAACUUGAAGAAACUGUAUUUGAUAACUGCUAUUCAUGUAACUUUUUUCAUUACUACUACCACAGUUCCCUUAAAGUUUGUUGAAUAAAGUGACUUUUCUAGAUAAGACACUGCUUAAAUAGAGCACCUAGAAUUGUUGAUCUUCCUAAUGUCAGAUCCCCAUUCAACUGAUGGUAUACAUACUUUUUUGUAAGGUUGUAACUUGGACUUUUCAGAUCCUUUGAACUUGUUACAUAUUCUUGCAAUUCAUCAGAACUUCAAGGCAAAAACACCACCCUACUAAAGAGAUCUUUUCUUUUUCCUUACCUUCAACUUAAACCAAUUAAGCCUAAAUAUAGGUUAAUUUGUAAAUGGCAACAAUUUGUUCUGAGGUUUUUCCUUCAAGAACUUGUUUCCUAAUCCUAUUAGGCCAUCUCUAAAAUUGAUUCAGCUUUCAUUCUUUUCAUGAGUUUUGUGUAAGCAACCAUGUUUAGGACCACCUUGCCUUUUCUAAGAUUUUUUUUUUUGUUGUACAUCUGCUUUUUUUUUUGGCUGUUGAUUUUUCACUUAUGGUAGUGGUACCAUUUUUUGGAUGUAAUGUUUAUAUGGGAAAACAAAAAGCUAAUGUAUAGCCCUGUAUACAGUGUAGAUACUAUUUUUGUAAAAAAAAAAAAAACCCCAAGGCUAAAUUAAUGAACAAGAGUACUGAAUGUUUUCAUCAUUAAAAAUCUACUGUAUUUCUUGUGCAUUAAUAUGACCAUAAUUUCCCUGUAUAUUAUGUUCAUGUAGUUGUUUGUAAUUUUUGUUAACUAGAUCAAGUUGUCAGCAUUUGUUGGUGUAAGUGAACAUCACAGUUAUCCUGAGUUGAGUUUAAGCCAAAUACAUACAUAGAAAAGGAUCUUCCUAUUGGAAGAACGGGAUUUUUAGGAUGUGUGUUAAUUUCAGUUUUGUAUGUUUAACUUUUAUUAAAUAAAGUGCUUUAAAAAUC